AUGAGCUUAUUAAGUACACACGAAAACAGAAAGAUCCAGUUCAAUAUCAAUGAUGGGUUGUCAGAAGUUAUUGGUAGGGCAAGUACUAAAGAUCCUAAUAGGGUGGCAAGGCCUAAUAAUCUGUACUACAAUGAAAAAAGUUUGAGCAAACAACAUGCAAUAUUACAUGUCAAGAAACUUGGAAUACAUACAAGUGACAAUGAUGCUGUUUAUGAAAAUAUACGGAUUUAUGUUGAAGAUGUUGGUAGUACCCAUGGUAUCAUUGAUUUACAAAGUAAUAUUAAUGGUCUUGCGAAGGUAAUCGAUCUAAAAAAUGGAGAACGCUUUGGUUUAGUUCAUAUGGAAAGGCCAGUAACCACUUUUCAGAGCAGGGGGGCAAGGUUGAAGUUGCAGGUCAAUCUUUAUCCAUUGCAUAAUGAGAUUUGGGAACUAAUAAUAAGAAAUGUUACUUAUGAUGAUUCCCCCUGUCCUACAACGGGUGGAUUGCUCGAGAAUCCCAACUUAUCUUCACCUUUUUACUUCGGGACUAGCUCCGAAGGAAAUUACAGUGAGGUUUGGAGCAAUGAAAACUUAAGCACUUCCAUGGAAGGAUCCCCUAUUUCGGAACAGGAACCCUUUAACGGAAGCUGUUUCUCAUCUUCCAACUGUUGUAAUGUCUCAUAUGCUAAUGACAACAAGCCCGAUAGAUUUGAAGCAAAUCUAGGUUUGCUUGGUGUGGAGUCCAAUGACUCUCAUGAUAGUGAUCACCUUUCAGAUUCGGCUUCAGAAAAGGAAGGUUACAGUGGACUUCACAUUGAGUCCGACAAGGCAUUCGCAAAAGAGGCAUUUUUACAAAAGCUGUGGCGCCAGAAGUCUGUUAUAAUUGGAACUUUGACUGGUUUUGUGGUAGGUUUCAUAGCUGGUGCUGUGAACUUAGAGUAA